ACCAUUCCUCACCACACUUUGGCCCGCGCGUCAAACACAAUUGGUCGGAAAGAUGUCGGCACCACCGCCAAGUAAGGGUCGCUUGACUCUGUACGAAGAUCUACUCAGUGAAGACAUCCUCGCCCAGAUGCAGGCCAGAGAUGCAGCGAAGCAAGCUGCUGCCAAUGCGAAGAAAGCAAAAGACGCAUCACUUAUGUUCAAGCCCUCCAACAUUGGAGGAAACAAAAAGCCACAGGCGAAGACGACAAGAAAGCCUGGCUUUUCAGCCAUGCACAAGUUCUCGUCCAGCACUUCCAACGCACCAGCGGGACCGUCAGAACCCUCCUCAGAUGCCCCCAAUGCGCAGUCCCAGCCAAUUCCGAAGCAGCAGCGCAGCUACGAUGACUGGAUAGGUAACGAUGACGAGAUGGACUUCAUUUACGAUCAGCGCAACCAGAAGCGUGAGGUGGCCAAGUCGAAGAAGAGAAGCAAGAAAAACAAGAUGGAAGAGAAGAUCAUAACGUACGAGGACAUAUACGAUCCGACAACCCCGGUACCACUUUCUGGAUUGAACCGCUCUGAGGUCAAGUAUGAUAGUUUCGCAGCUAUGCAGCUUGAUAUCCAGAAGGCCAGAAAUACCGAAUUGAGCAAGAAGGGCUUGGGCAUGGAUCCGCCUCCGGGAGAAGAUCCUUCGACUCAGCGUCCUAUAACAGGCAAUAAGUACAAAUCUCGUAACGUGGGCAUCGCACCGCCAGCAUCCUUGACCUCCCAUCACGCACCCGCAGCAGAUUCCUUGUCACCGAGCCGCGCCCUCGACAAUGUGUCCGACUCUGCUGGGCCUCAGGCCUCUUAUGCGCCGCCCCCACCCGCAGCCGACAUCGACAUGAAUGAGACAGCAGACCAGGCGUACGCUCGACGUAUGGCAAUGAGUGGCCAGAAAAGUGAACCCACGUCGAUGCGAACUGCGCAUGACAUACCGCCGCCACGUCCAGCUCCACCGACAUUUGUGCCUGCCUCUGUUGUCCCAUCAAAUCUUACGCCAGCUUCUGUCACUCCUGUUGCUGCGACAUCGGGCUUGUCAGCAGCAGACGCCGAGAAGAAGGCCAAAGUAGCUGCACAGAUUGCCGCACUCAAAGCGAGAAUAGGUCAACAACGUGCUUCGUUGCUGUCAUCCUCACCAGCCCAGCCAACUUCAACCUUGGUCCCGUCACCUGCCGCAGCACCUUCGCCGUCACCGCCACCGGCUCACUCAAUGCCAGUCCCAGUGCCGCGUCGUGCAUUAUUGGAGGACUUCCCGCCUGCUAUGAGCAGCGGUCCAACCUUCAACCCAAAUCACCCAAGACAUGCGGCUCUGGUGAAGAAGUAUGGCUCUUCUGCCCCACCGCCGGUCUCAGGAACCACUACCAUCAGUGCUGCACCCGUGUGCAACCCAGAGUAUCUUGCCAGGCAGCAGAAGGAUACUACACAGCCUGGUCCACAAGAACAGCAAGCACCCGCCGAGCAACGUACUGCCCGUCCAGGGCAGGAAAGCUUUGCUGAACGUCACAUGAAGAAGCUUGGCUGGGAGAAGGGCCAGGGCCUAGGUGCGAGCGGUGAAGGUAUUACCACUGCGCUGAAGAUGCAGGCGCAGAAGCGAAAAAGGAAGCCCGAUGCGCAAGGUGGCGGCUACGUCGCGCCCGCUAACAUGGGCAAGAUUGUCGGCGGUAAGAAAGCCAAACCUAACCCUGGUGAAGGGGUUACAAGUGGAGGAGAGCUUGACGGCAUGUCUGAGGUUGUCAAGCUGUCGGGUAUGCUCGAGAAUUUGGACGUCGAGCACGAAAUUGCGGAGAACAACCUGUUGCAGGAGAUUGGUGAUGACAUGGGACAAGAGUACGGACAGGUGGAGAGAUUGUACAUCUGGCAGAAGAAGGACGGAGGAAACGGCGAGGUGUUCGUAAAGUUCACCUCGCCGCUCUCUGCCGUACGAUGCAUGAAGGGGAUGGGCGGAACCUUGUUCGCAGGGAACGAGGUGAAGGCCGAGUACUGGGAUGCGGCCCUCUUUGAGGAGGGCAAAUACUCUUUGCCAUAGAAUGGCAAGGUGAAAGUGCCCUUCGUCAUUGGGGAGUGCUGCAGCCUGGUGAGGCACGAGCACAGGUACGAGGAGGAUGGGGAGCAUCUGGGAUUGGCGCCGAUGCGCGAUCCCAUGCUGGACAGCUCUUGCUUCGACGAAGAGGAAGAGGAUGAGGAAGAGGAAGAGAUGCAGACCGCGCCGACAUGGGAAACCCUGUUGUCGCCGGUCCUCCCCUCGAUCGCAGGGAAGGAGGCGAUACUACGCAUCCUGGCCGAGCUCCGAAGGUUCGGACUGCUGCCGUAAGGCAGUGUAAUGAGACAAUAUGACGAUGAACAAAC